CUCACACUCGCUGUGAGCCUGCGCCAGCCACCGAGCCUGCUCCCCUGAGCCCAGCCAGAGCGCAGCGGCACCAGCACGCAUCGCCCCGGGCCGUCGAGGCGUCAUGCUCGCCAUCCUCUCGCUCGCCGUCGUCGGCAAGCACGGCAACCCUCUCUUCGUCGGCUCGUACAGCAACAGGAGCGGCGGCCAGUCCGACCUCAAGUGGCACUAUGCGGCUCACACCGCCCUCGACUACUUUGACGAGCGAGAACUGCCGCAGGCCAAGACGACCGAGAGCUACCUGGGCUUGCUGUACGCGAUGGAGGACUAUGCCGUCUACGGCUACCAGACCAACACGCGCGUCAAGUUUAUCCUCGCCCUGUCCCUGGCAGACGCCGUCAUCCGCGACGUCGACGUCAAGACCAUCUUUCGCGCCAUGCACAAUGCCUACAUCUCCUACCUGUCGAACCCGUUCACCUCGCCCGCGAACGACAACCCCGCCGUCCCGGCGCCGCCCAUACGCAGUCUCAAGUUUGAGAAGGCCAUGUCCGCCAUCGCUGGACGUACGUCGCCCGAGGCCGGUGAGCCCUGAGGCCGUCGAGGCGCACGAGUCGAGGACCCGCAGUACGCCGUACCGUGUUGUAACACCAAGUUCGCCCGCCGUC